AUGCCAGCUACAAACGUAGUCAAGCCUACUAGGAGAAACCAGGAUUUCGUCGAGAUGGAGAGGAAAAUCAAUCUUCUCCAAGAAAGCUUGAUGAGGCCGACAGGAGGGCGAGUGAGGCCGAAAGGCAAAGGAAUGAAGACAAAAAGGAUCGAGGAGUUGACUGAGCAAUUAUCAAACGCGCGAUGGACGUUAAAAAAGAAGCAAACAUGGUUGCAGCGGGCGAUGGAGGACAUGGCCUUGUUGGACGCGAACAAUAAGGCCAUGAAUACGGCAAUGUCCACACUACGCCGAAACAUCGGUGGGAAUCAACUCGUGAUAGUUGUUUGUUAUCGUUGUAUGUUUGUUUAUAUUGUUAUUGUUUUAAGUUUGCAGUAAAC